UAACAUAGUGCUGAAGUCGUCAAGCUGAAUCUGGUUUCUCGUGAUAAAUACUCUUAACCGUGCAUGUUAUCGGAAUUGUGUAAAAGUUGACGUAAAAAAGUGAAAUUAAGAUAAAAGAAACCUGUGCCACAAAAAACAGUGCGAAAUGAACAAGAAUUCAAUAUACUUCAUUGCCUUUGUGCUUUUAAGCACCAUUGCUUCCAUUCGAUCUCAAUCUAGCACCGAAAAAAUUUCUUCUGUUCCAAAUCAAUGCGUUAGUAAAACGAAGUGCGGUCCAUGUAUACAAACACCAAAUUGUGCUUGGUGUAUGCAGCCAGACUUUGGUGAAAGACCACGAUGCUUUCAACCGGAACUUACACCAACCAAUCCAUGUCCUGAAGAAUUUGUCAUUGAUCCAAGAAACGAAAUGAUAAUGAUAAAAGAAGCAGCUUUGAGUCGAGGUGGUCAACUGUUGUCUGGUGGAGGAAUGGCAAGUGGUGGAACUUAUGAAGAACAAUCAAGUGGACAAAGUUCAAUGUCAGGAAGCUCUUCAGCAUCUGGUGGUUCUUCAGCAUCAGGCGGUUCAAGUGGAUCAGCAGGCGGUAGUGUUGUUCAAAUCAGCCCACAAAUGGUUAAUCUUAGGAUGAGAGUCAAUGAAAAACAUACAAUGAUGGUGAAUUACGCACAAGCUGAAGAUUAUCCAGUUGAUCUUUACUACCUCAUGGACUUGUCAAAAUCGAUGGAAGACGACAAAGAAAAGCUUUCACAUCUCGGUGAUUUAUUAUCAGACACAAUGAGAAAUAUUACAUCAAACUUCCGUUUGGGUUUUGGUUCUUUUGUUGACAAAGUUCUUAUGCCAUACGUGUCUACUGUUCCGAAGAAAUUGCAACAUCCUUGCGAUGGAUGUGAAGCGCCUUAUGGUUACAAAAAUCAUAUGAAACUUGACAUGGAUACGCGACAGUUUGCUGAAAAUGUGAAGAAUGCUCAUGUGUCAGGAAACUUGGACGCUCCCGAAGGUGGUUUCGAUGCAAUUAUGCAAGCCGUCGUUUGUGAAAGAGAAAUUGGAUGGAGAGAACGUGCAAGACACUUGCUUGUCUUCUCGACAGAUGCUGGCUUCCAUUACGCUGGAGAUGGUAAAUUAGGUGGAGUCAUAACGCCAAAUGACGGCGCUUGUCAUAUGGAACGAAAUAUGUACACACAUUCAUCAAUUCAAGAUUAUCCGAGCAUUUCUCAAAUUAAUCUUAAAGUGAAGCAACACUCAAUUAACAUCAUUUUUGCUAUCACUGCACAACAGCAUGAAGUUUAUAAGAAACUUUCUGAACAUAUCGAAGGAUCGUCUAGUGCUGUUUUAUCAGAUGAUUCAUCGAACGUUGUUGAUUUAGUUCGUGAAGAAUACAAAAAAAUCAGAUCAUCAGUUGAAAUGAAGGACAGCGCAUCAGGAUCUGUUAAAGUUACUUACUUCUCGAAAUGUCUUGGAAAUGAACGAAAACAAACAAAUAAAUGCGACGGAUUAAGCGUUGGUGAUGUUGUUACAUUCGAGACAGAGAUUGUCGUCACUUCAUGUCCAGAAAAUGAAAAGGAUCGAAUGCAAACCUUCCAAAUUUAUCCAGUCGCUGUUGGUGAAGCAUUGACAGUAAAUCUCGAGAUGUUGUGUUCAUGUGGAUGUGAAAACAGUGGACCAACAUUCGAACUUAACUCUCCGAAAUGUUCUGGCGAUGGAACACUUUCUUGUGGUAUUUGUGAAUGUAACGAUGGAUUCUUCGGUGGAAAAUGCGAGUGUUCGAAGAAGGAUCUUGACUCGAAGUUUGGAAUUGACAACUUAAAAUGUCGUGCGAAUGCAACAUCACUCGAAUGCAGUGGACAAGGAAAUUGUGUUUGUGGUCAAUGUCAUUGCACACCUCGCCCAAAUCCUGAUGAGAAAAUCAGCGGAAAGUUCUGCGAAUGUGACAACUUCUCUUGCGAUCGUCGCAAUGGCUUGCUUUGUUCUGGACCAGAUCAUGGAGUGUGUGAAUGUAAAACUUGUAAAUGUCUUCAAGGAUGGACUGGCGAUGCUUGCGAUUGCAGCACAUCGGUUGACACUUGCAUGGCACCAAAUGGAAAGGAAUGUUCAGGAAAUGGAAAAUGUGUUUGUGGUCAAUGCGAAUGCAGCAGCGAAAAAGGCGUUCGAUACACUGGAAAGUAUUGUGAAAAAUGUCCAACAUGUCCUGACAAAUGCGAUGAUCUUAAGUCAUGUGUUGAAUGUCAGUUGUAUGGAAAAGGACCACUGAAGGAUGCGAAUGAAUGUGCUAAGAAUUGCACACUUUUCACACCAAUUCCUCUUGAGACAAUCAAUUAUGAAGAAGAAAGAGAUGAACACAUUUGCACACGAUACGAUGAAGAUGAGUGUCGUUAUCAAUUUAUUUAUAGUGAAACAGUUGAGAAGAAUGGAACAAUAACGACGAAUGUUCGUGCACAAAAAACGCCCGAUUGCCCACCAAAAGUUUUCCUUCUCGGUAUUGUUCUUGGUGUCAUUGCAGCAAUUGUUCUUGUUGGAUUAGCAAUGUUGUUGCUUUGGAAGCUUUUGACGACAAUUCAUGAUCGUCGUGAGUUUGCAAGAUUCGAAAAGGAACGAAUGAUGGCAAAAUGGGACACGGGUGAGAAUCCAAUUUACAAGCAAGCUACAUCAACAUUCAAGAAUCCAACAUAUGCAGGCAAAUAAUUAUUUGAUUGAUUUGAUGCCAAAACUGCCAUAGAAACGUUUUAUUUCAUUUUAAACCACUUUCAAAUGUUGUGUGGUUACUCAAAUCAUCAUUUUACUCAACUGAUGUAGUAAAGUGAUAACAAGAAAAGCUUUUUGUCUGAUCAAAGAAAUUUCUUGAUCAAUUUUAUUGGAGGAAAACAAAAGAAAAAAUAAUUAUAAUUGCAAAAGCAAUAAAUUGUGUAAAAAAGUCAUUAAUUUUUGCGACAAAAGUGUCUUAACAGUUUAACUCGUAGGGCCUUGACGACUUGUGUCUUGUACUCUUCUAUUUGUUUAGAAAUAAUUUUAGAGUGUUUAGGAUUAAUUUUUACAAAUGAAAAAUUGAGAAAUUCACGCGAAUGAAUAAUCUUUUUAAACUAAAACAAAAACUUUAAUAAUUCGAAUGAUGCUGUUAACUUUCAGUAUCAUAUUUAAUUACAUUACACACAGAUUUAAACGAUUUUCUGUCGAACUCUUCCUUUUCACAAAGAAAGCUGUGGUCGAUUCACAGUUGUUCGUGUUUAAAACAAGUAUUCUUGAAUGUACUUAGAAACGGAAGCGCAAAAACAAUCUAAUUAUUUAACCAGAUUAAUCAUAGUUUAUUCUCUCAUCGACAAUUUCUGACACGCUACAAAAUAAAACAUAAAAGCAAUGAAAAUGUUGUUUUGAUGGUAAAAUAAAUAAUCGAAGCGAUGUAGAUGCCAAAUUUGUGUAAAACGAAACGCAUAAAGAAGAUUUAUUGUAAAAUUAACUUAACUCCAUUUCAUCAUUUUUUGUUUCUUAAUUCGUGUCGUUUUGUGUUGUAAAAUAGGUUUAUACUAUGAAUAACUGAGAACACUAGUUAAUUUUUUUAUUAUUUUAUUUUUAUUAAUAAUGGAGAGAAUUUUUGUGCCUUUAAUUAUACAUGAAAAUAAAAAAAAUCUAAUAGGAAAAACUUAAAAAAACUUUUUUUCUUGCUUUAAAUUGAAUUUUCAGGAAUUCUUUUCGACCAAUUAUCAAAAUGGAAAUGUUCUCGUUUGACAUAAAUUUUUUAAACAUUAAUUACAUUUAUUUAUUCUUUAAUGAGGGGAAAAAACAAAGACAAGACAACAGCGACAAAUGAAUCAAAUUAGUCACAGUUAAAGACAAUCAAAAUAUAAAAGUUAAUAAAUUAUAAAAUAAACAAUUAGCACAUCAGAUCAAUUGUCUUCAAUUUGGUUGUAAAUGAAGGUUCACAUGAUUCUCAAGUUUAUGUUUGAAGAAGAAUUCUUUUCCACACUUGUCACAUCUAAAGAAGUUUCGUGAGCUUUCGUUGAAUGUGCAAACAUCUUCAUGAUGAUUUCUAGAAGUUUCGCCUUGGAAGCACAAAGAAUUUGGACAGUAACUACAGCAAAACUUUCCAUAUUGAACAAGUGACGUUCGUCUUCUUUUCGGAUACUUUCUACGAAUUAUUUUCUUGUCCCGAAUAGUUGAGGAUUUUUUCUUGUUAAUCUUAAUACAAAUUGGCAAUAUUCGAGUUGCUUCAGUUUCAAAGCCAGUAUCGUGAAAUGAGUCUUCGAAAUUCUCGUUCACUGUUGAUGAAAGUCGCGGAUCAAACGAUGAAACAUCCGCUUGCAGAUUUUCUACAUUCAAUUCCAACUUUUUGCUGAUGCUUAGAAAAGUGUCAACUUCUUGAUCCUCCACGUCAACCGGUAACGAGUAGAUUAAUUGUAGAAUCUUUUCAAUAAUUCUAUAUGGAAAAUCCAUCUUAAGAGCGUCAUUUGUUGCCAAAACUUCCUUUAAUUUGCUGCAAUUGUUGUACAGAAUUAUUUUGUGAACUUUGAAGAUUCCUCGUUUACAAUGAAUCUCGAAAUCAGUAAAUAUAUCAUUUUUUGCCAUUUCCCAAUUCGCGAAAGGAAAAUUAAUUGCAUUUUUCAGUUGAAAUACCAUUUUA